GAUAGGGAGGGCAGGCCAGGGCAGCAGCACAUGACCAUUCUCCGACGUGAAGCGAACAACUAAACCCGUCUCCUAACAGCUCCGUUAGGUUAGGACACUCUUUUCCGGUGUGAUGGCGACCCCCCUCUGGGUGUUGGUGGUGCUGGUGUCUGGGGCGGCUGCGGGACUCUUCUUCAACGGGGACCAGCCCUGCUACCGGCCCCGUCCCCGGGGGAACGGCUUCGGACUGAGGACCUCACCUCGUCCUCACGAACUGAUGAACCUCUCCGACCUUCCCACAUCAUGGGACUGGAGAAACGUUAACGGCACCAACUUUGUGAGCACAACCCGGAAUCAGCACAUUCCUCAGUACUGCGGCUCCUGCUGGGCCCACGGCAGCACCAGCGCCAUGGCAGACCGUAUAAACAUAAAGAGGAAGGGGGCGUGGCCGUCGGCCUACCUGUCCGUUCAGAACGUGGUGGACUGCGGGGGGGCCGGGACCUGCCACGGUGGGGACCACUCGGGGGUCUGGGAGUACGCCAACACGAACGGCAUCCCAGACGAGACCUGCAACAACUACCAGGCCAAGGACCAGAAGUGCAAACCCUUCAACCAGUGCGGCACGUGCACCACCUUCGGGAAGUGCAACAUCAUCAAGAACUACACCCUGUGGAAGGUGGGCGACUUUGGCGCCGUCAGCGGCCGCGAGAAGAUGAUGGCCGAGUUGUACGCCGGAGGGCCAAUCAGCUGUGGCAUCAUGGCCACGGAUGAGCUGGACGCCUACACCGGCGGCAUCUACUCGCAGUUCGUGGAGGAGCCCUCCAUCAACCACAUCGUGUCGGUGGCCGGCUGGGGCGUGGAGAACGGCGUGGAGUUCUGGAUCGUACGCAACUCCUGGGGAGAGCCCUGGGGCGAGCAGGGCUGGCUGAGGAUCGUCACCAGCGCCUUCAAAGGAGGAAGUGGAAGCAAGUUCAACCUGGCGCUGGAGGAAGACUGCAUGUACGGCGAUCCAAUCCUGCCCAAGAACCGCCACUAGAGGAGGAGCGCCUCCGUCAGUGAACACCGUCACAAACUCUCUGGGCAACCCGGGUCGUGGUUAUAAGAUUGCGCAAAAAAAAAAAGGGAA